CUUGGUUCUUAACUCCCUUCAGCGGCCUCGCACGCGCUCGGUUCCAGCUCCGGCCUCCUCCUCGUCGGGCCGGCGGUGGGGCCAUGGCGUGUCGGCGGCGGCCCGAGGCUGGCGUCGGGGCCCGCGGCGCGCUGGCGCUGCUGGCGCUGGCUCUGAACGUGCCCGGGGCCAGGGGCCGGGCGCUCGAGUGGUACUCGGCCGUGGUGAGCACCGAGUACGUGGACCCGCACACGAACCGCACCGUGUGGAGCGUCUCGGAGAGCGGCCGCUUCGGCGACAGCUCGCCCAAGGAGGGCGCGCAGGGCCUGGUGGGCGUCCCGCGCGCGGCGGACCGCGACCCCGAGGGCUGCGCGCCAGACACUCGCUUCCUCGUGCCGGCUCCCGGCGGCCAGGGGGACGCACCCUGGGUGGCCCUGGUGGCGCGCGGGGGCUGCACCUUCAAGGACAAGGUGCUGGUGGCGGCGCGGAGGAACGCCUCGGCCGUGGUCCUCUACAACGGGGAGGGCCACGGGAACCUCACCACGCCCAUGUCCCACGCGGGAACGGGAAAUAUAGUGGUCAUUAUGGUGAGCUACCCAAAAGGAAGAGAAAUUUUGGAUCUGGUGCAGAAAGGCAUUGCAGUGAAAAUGACCAUAGGGGUUGGCACCCGUCAUGUACAGGAGUUCAUCAGUGGUCAGUCUGUGGUAUUUGUGGCCAUCGCCUUCAUCACCAUGAUGAUUAUCUCAUUAGCCUGGCUGAUUUUUUACUAUAUACAGCGUUUCCUAUAUACUGGCUCACAAUUUGGAAGUCAGAGCCAUAGGAAAGAAGCUAAGAAAAUCAUUGGCCAGCUUCCACUUCAUACUGUAAAGCAUGGAGAAAAGGGAAUUGAUGUUGAUGCUGAAAACUGUGCAGUGUGUAUUGAAAAUUUUAAAGUAAAGGAUGUUAUCAGAAUUCUGCCAUGCAAGCAUAUUUUUCAUAGAAUAUGCAUUGACCCAUGGCUUUUGGAUCACCGCACGUGUCCAAUGUGUAAACUUGAUGUCAUCAAAGCCCUGGGAUAUUGGGGAGAGCUUGAAGAUGUGCAGGAGACGCCUGCUCCAGAACCUACCCCUGGGAGUGUUUUGGUGGCAAAUUUGAGUAUCAGUUUACAAGAUGACAGAAGUGAGGGGAGCAGUUUGCCCUCGUCUUCCACUAGUGAUUCUGCACCACCGUGUGAUGCUAGUUUCAAAGAAGAUGCAGGUGAAAACACAGCCUUACUAGAAGCGGGCAGGAGUGACCUGCAACGUGGAGGACCCAUCUCCUCACGCACAUCCUGAUGACCACAUCAUGGAUAGAGCUUUGGCUCGAAUUAAAGGACUUUUUUUUUUUUUUUUUUUAAGACUUCAGCACAUAGUUUGUAUAUCUGAAAAUAAUGUACAUUCUUUUACCUUUCAGAUUCUGAUUUGAUAUCCAAAGGGCUAUUUUAUUCUUAAAGAGAUGUUUUGAUUAGUUUUAAUAUAUUUAUCUACUAAAAUGUAUCAUUUAUGAUAAACAGUAUGUUGCUUUGGACUAUUACAGAGACCACUAGGAAGGCACUCUAAAGGUCAGGGUAUGUUUCUGAAUAGUAGACUAGCUGCUACGGUACUGUAAAAACAGGAUUAAUUUUGCUUCUCAAGGAUGAUUUUAGACUGAGCAACUGAAUUUAGACCAAUAGAAAUGCAAUUGUAUAAUUCAGUGAUUGAUCAUGAGUUUUCCCUGGAGGAAAGAUUUUUCUAGAACAUUAAACCUGUGAAUGAGA